AUGCCGCCCAAGUCGAAGCUGGCAGCGUGCAUUCAUUGUCGGCAAAUGAAGCUAAAAUGCGAUGCUCACGACACAUUCCCGGCUAGUUGCACCCGAUGCGAAAAGCGGAAUCUGCGAUGCUCAAUCGAUCCGUCGUUUCGGCGGACGGCCAAGCGCGAACGUGUGGCAUCGCUAGAACAGGAGCUGCAACGGUUGAGAGAGAACGCCGACAGCGCCAUUUCUCCUCCCAAAUCAUCCAUUCAUGAUCACGUCCCUACUCCAGAGGAGAGGGCGCCCGUGAUUCCGCCUCCGGUGCCUCGACUCAGCACUGCACAAUCAGGAUGGACUUUCGUAACACAGACAAUCGAUGGCAUACAACUCGAGCCCAAUGCCAUAGCAGAGCUUUUCGACAAGUUCUAUACGCACUACCAUGACCGCUUCCCUAUCUUGGCCGACAAGGAGGCCAUGGCUCGCUCAUACAAUGACUGUCCGCUGCUAUUCUGGGUCAUAAUGGCCAUCGUAUCUCAGAGAAUACCAGAGUUUACGAACUUGCACACUCAGUUGAUAGCGCCCGUGCAGCGCCUGGCUACGGAUGUCUCGGCAUCGUUACAUCACCCUUUGAUGACUGUGCAGGCGCUUCUGUUACUCUGUUGGUGGCCGCUCACGCUCGAAAGCAAUUUCAAUAAUCCUUCAUGGAGCUAUUGUGGAUUGGCUACCCACACCGCACUGCAAUUUGGCUUCCACCGACCUCAAUUUCCAUCAGAUUUCCGCUAUCGGGAGGCUUUGAGCAGAGAAGCGUUCGAGGCCCGAUUGAGGACAUGGUUGGCCUGUUUCAUUGUCAAUCAGACAUUGAGCGCCUUUCUUGGAGUGCCUUGCACCAUACAUCCCGACAAUACCAUUCUGUCAGCGCUCAAGGAUGCCAACCUGCCCAAGUCGUUGCAGCAGCAUCUGGAGAUUGCCCUUGUAGAUUACCGGAUCUGCCAUUCGCUCGGCCAGCAAGGCUCUGUGAGCACAGGCUUGACUAGUGACCCAGCAGACUUUGUGCGACUAUAUGAAGCGGAGCUGAAGGCUCUGAACUUCAAGCACGAAUCUGACUGGUCCUUCUCUGCCGAAAUCGCCUACCUGAAAGCAUACCUAGAUCUAUUCGCCUUCGUUUGUAUCACGGCUCUGCGACAUCAGCAAGACUCAGAUGGACCGAAGACAGGAGAAGAAUACUAUGUCGUGGAAGCAUCCCGAAUUGCCGAAAGACUGAUCCAAGUCGCGUGCCGAUACUCCGAAGAAGUGGUUCGAUGGUCCACAGAUGUGAGGACAGCAUCGACAUUCGCAGUCUUCUUCUUGCUUAAACUCCUAGCUGUAUGGCCACAUCUCAUCGACCACGUCCGGGCCAUGAAUUCCGUUCGUCAAGCCUGGGAACUGUACCGACAGGCUUCACAACGCAAGAAUGACCAGUACUCCCGCAUCUGCUCUAUUGUGGAGUACAUGAGCGGCGUCGGUGGACAGGAUGAGUCCUUCAAGACCAAGAUGUCCGUCACAUCUCGAGCUGCAAGCAAUGUGCUAUACGACACGGUUUGGGCGGCGAGGUUGAGAUUUGGUCAGAGAGUGCGCGAUAUGAGGCCCUUUGACUAUACUCUUGCGGCGGAGAAUGAAGAGGCCUCGGCACAGCAGUUGCCAUCCAGUGGUUUGCCGGAAUUGGAGGAGGACUUCAUUGCGUCUCUUGUAGGUACCGAUCUACUUGGAUGGGAAUAUGCCUUUGAAGGAUUAUGA